AGUCAAACAACAACAGGAUGAUGAUGUCGUGCCACAAGUCAACCGUGUUCACCUGCGCUGUCGCCAGUGCCUUUCUGCUGAUCCUGGUGCCCAGCAUCCAUGGAACACCAACUGGAGCACCGGCUGCUGCUUGCAAAGAUAUGACACCUCAACAUGGUGAAGUACCGCAAACCUCUGCAUCUCCUUUCAAGACUGAAAUUCCCGUUGGGCCGUACGUGUUGAUGGACGACCCCGUGAAGCUGGAACUACGAUCCUCAUCUGCUGGGGACACUUUCAAAGGUUUCCUCGUGAUGGCGUUCGACAUAGACGACGAUUCCAAGCCGAUCGGGACUUUUAAGACUCCCACUGAUGGCCAGGCUCAACUCAUGAAUUGCACUGUUGAUGGUGCACUGAAUGCUGCUACGCACACAAGUAAUUCAACCAAGUCUCUAGUAAAUCUAGAAUGGCAACCACCAUUGUAUUUCAUGGGGAUAGCCGUUUUUAGAACCACGUACGUGAAAGAUGCAAAGACGUACUGGACCAAGACGGAAUCUAUUACUGUCUCGUUCGUCAUGGAAAUUCCCAAUUCUGCCACUAGCCUAUCCAGUGUGUGGGCCGGCCUAGUGGCCGUCUCUUUGCUGGCCCUCCUAAUGCGGUGAACCUUAUCACAUCCCUUGUCGGUGUAACACACGUUACCCACUGCUGAGCAAAAACCCCGUCUACUUCAUUUCACGUCAUCAGUUAUAUUCAAGAAAAUUGAGUCCUUCAUCGCUAUGCUGCUGUGCCUUAACAUGUUCCAAAUAUACAAACAAACGCGCAUUAUUGUUCACUCGAGAGUCUUUUAUCCGUCACCGUCAUCUCGUUUUAAUACACAAUCGCUUCAAGUGA